AUGUACUUGUCACUGGUGACAUCUAUAUUUCUCUAUCGAGAGUUCAAAAUCCUACAAGAAAUUGAUGGUUUUUCGAUGGAAUAUUAUGAUGAUAGAAAUUCUUUUCCUUUAUUAGAAAUUCAAGAAUUGACAUCAACUUUACUGGAUAAUUUUAUUGAAGGAGAAAGCAAUGUUUUAUUUAUCUAUGGGAUAACUACAUCAGGUAAAACUUAUAUAAUGAUGGGACCAUUGAACAACCCUGAUUUAAUUCCACGUUCAUUUGACGCUGGCUUUCAAUUCUAUUGGAUUUUAUCUUGGGAAAAACACUUUCUUCGUUCUGAUCGUCAAAAUGGUUAUGAAAUUCAAAGUGAAGCUGAUAUUUUACUUGAACUACAACAUCGAGAAAUUCAAAUAACCAAAAAUGGUAAUUAUCAACAAAAAAGUAAACAAGAAAUCUUUUACGUGAAAUAUAAUAAUUAUAUCUACGAUUUAUUUGAUGAUGAUUUUGUUAGCAAAACACCACAAUCGAAGCAAUUACGUGAUGAUAAUCGUGGUCGGUCCUAUAUCAAAGAUGUAAAAGAGAUUGAAAUUCGUUCUAGUCAAGAAGCAAUCAAAUUGCUAAAUAUGAGUUUUAAACGACGUCGAACUGCGCAUACACAACUGAAUACAGAAUCAAGUCGUCCACAUAGUGUCUUAUCAAUGUGUCUUGUUCAAUUUGAAAAUGAUAUUCCACCAACAUCAUUGACGAAAGAUGAUUUGAUAGUCAGUACAAUAGAUUUAGCUGGUAGUGAACGUGUGAAUCGAGCAAAGGCAGUUGCUGAACGAGUGAAAGAAGCAGAUAAUGCCAAUUCAUUAUUAAUGGUGCUUCGACAAUGUUUUGAAACUUUACGACAAAAUCAUGCACAAGGAAUCAGUCGAAUGGUUCCAUAUCGUGAAUCCAAAUUGUCAUCAUUUUCAAAAAUUACUUUGACGACGGAGAUUGAAUAUAAAUAA